AUGCCGAAGGCAAAGAAGACUAGUGCCGGUCCGGCCGCGGAGGGCACCACCAACAUCGCCAGUUUGGUCACUAAGCCCAUGAAUUUACAACAGCGGAAAGCGCUUCUGCGCCGAUUACAGACUCCUGCCAUAAUCACAUCACUGCGAAGGCCAGAAAUACUGAUGGACUUCUUCACCGACAGCCUCAACAUGGGCGACCUAUCACUCUCCGUUCCAGCUCUUACAGGUCUCUACCAUCUCAUCGCAACGCGAAACCUCGACCACCCACAAUUCUAUCCAAGACUAUAUGCCUCCGCUACGAUAGCCAGCUUUAUCAAGCGACUGUCUAGACUGUGCCUGUUCGCGCCGCCUGCUGCGAUUGUGGCUGUAGUGCCGUUCAUCUACAACUUGCUCAAGCAACAUCCUUCAACAACAUUCAUGAUUCACCGGAAACCCCAUCCUCCAUAUACGAAGUCGGAUGACCACCUAGGCGAAGACCCGUACGACCCAGCAGAAACUGAUCCACAAGUUAGUGGUGCAAUCGAUAGCUCAUUAUGGGAGCUAGAGACGUUGCAGAGUCAUUACCACCCGACCGUUGCCAGCAUUUGUCGCAUAAUAUCGGAACAAUUCACGAAGCAGCAAUAUCAGGUGGAAGAUUUUCUGGAUAACUCGUACGCAACAAUGAUGGACUCUGAGCUGAAUAAGAAGGAAGGGAAGAGGGAAAGAGAGCCGGUCGUGGAGUGGCAGAUUCCAAAGAGGAUCUUCGCUCGAGAACCAGGAGAAGUGGUUGAAGAGCGGGAGCGCAAUCUUGUGAAAGAUCUGUGGGCUUUCGACUGA